CGUCCGUGUGGUGGUACCCGUGUGCAAGGAUCAGCUGGGAGGUCAAAGUUAUGCAAUGGUGAGCCUCCAAUAACGCCUUUACCUUGACGGGACGCCGGGCACACACUACGCAGCAGGGGCCGAGGUGACCGUGGGGGCGCCGGGGACCAGGUGGAUAUCACGCAACCAUGACAAGAGUGCUACUAGUGGGUGGGGGCCUGACCAGCGCCCUCACCAGUGCUUUGUUGCGUCGGGAGCUGCCACACGCUGAGCUCUUCCUCUGGGACAAGGCAAAUGGAGCAGGUGGUCGCAUGUCAACAAGCAGGAGUCCACACGACCCUAACUGCAGUGUUGACCUUGGGGUGCAGUACAUAUCAGCCACGCCAGAGUAUGCACAGCUUCACAAGACUUACUAUGAUGAGUUGCUGGGUGCAGGUAUAUUGGCGCCCCUGAACAGCCGUGUGGAGGGCAUGAGAACCAUUGCAGAGGGUACCACAAACUACGUCACCCCCAAGGGAUCCUCCUCCAUUGUCAAACACUUCUUGAAGGAGGCCGAUGUCACCCCAAAGUUUCAGCACAAUGUCAGCAGCAUAGACCUGAAGGAUGGGAAGUGGAGCGUCAAGACCCAGUCCGGUGAGGCUGACGUGUUUGAUGUAGUGGUGCUGACCAUGCCGGUGCCGCAGGUGCUGGGGCUUACCGGCACUAUCAGGGAGCUGCUAGAGAAAGAUGAAAAAUUGCUCUCUGAUUUAAAAUCCGUUGAGUACAGUUCCCGGUAUGCUCUGGGCCUGUUCUAUGAGGAGGGGGCGCAGGUGAGGCUGAAGGACACGGGGACAUCUGCCCAGUACAUCACUAAUGACCCCAUUGCUCGCUUUGUUGCCCUUGACAACAAGAAGAGAGGCGCAGAUGCAGGCAGCCCCUCAGUGGUGCUACACACAUCCAUUCCCUUCGGCAAGGCCAACGUGGAGAAGACGCCUGACCAGGUCAAGCCAGUCCUCCUCCAGUGCAUCAAGGACUUGUACCCAGACUGGCCCGAGCCAAAGGCUGUCAAGUGCCAGAAGUGGAGGUACUCUCAGGUGACAUCAGCCUUCCCUGGCCUCCCCGGCAGUGUGAUGGUUGCUGACGGGCUGGUGGUGGGCGGCGAUGGCUUCACACACUCCAACAUGGACGGCUGCAUAGAGUCAGCCAAGGCCGUCGUCGAGGCUGUGGCCCAGUAUGUCAGUUCUCGGAGUUAGUCAAGGUGGUGCACGGUGGUAGGGAGUGAUGAGACUGAUGCAAAGUGUGGUGGGUGGAAGAGUGUGGGUGAUCUUGCUGUGUUGGGGGAUGAAGGGAUGACAGAGUGCGGGAGCUGUGUGUGUUUACAGGGAUGGAAGAAUGAGGGUGUUGAGGUGUGUGUACAGUGAGGUGUGGUAAAAUUUUUGUAGCAUCAAAGCUGAUACUCCCUGAGACUAAAAUAAGGCCUAUUACCUGCAAUGUCUGGAAACACCACCUCCAGCUGUAUGGGCAUGUGGAAUGUUACAAAGUAGUUGACCCUGCUCACAAGGUUGUUUCUGAAGGAGUUAAUCCCUAGUGGAGGAGGCUAAGGGGGCACCUACAGAGUUUGUAGCUUGAGCAAGUCAAUGAAUCCUGCCAUGAGGUACUUAGGAUGGGGGUGGUGUAUGCCCCUGUUGACUGAUUGAUUGAGAGGUUAUACAGGGAAAAUAAGAACCUUGAGAGUUUGGGAUUAACUGAUAAUACAUGAAUGAAUUAAGGAAUAGGGAAUGAUGUGUUGGUUGAAUGAGAAAUGAACAGAUGAGAGAGGUGUGUGUGGGUUGAUUUAAGAUGGAGGUGAGUAGUUUGGGUGUUUUCUUAACCAACCACUCAGCUUGUUGAUGCUUCUUCCCACCACUGCAUCAACCCUGACCCCUAUUUUAUCCCUUAAUGUUGAUUGUUCUUCCACUUGUGUGCACAGUGACAAGCACAAGCACCUCUUUAUUUGUUUAACUUGUUCCUUUUAUUUGGGCAUUUUCUUUUAAAUGUAUACCUUGUUUAGUUUGCCUAUGAAAAAAAUAUUUGGCAGUGAUAUCAAUUCUUUUGCCUCAGGUUAAUCUUUCCUGCAUGGGAAGAAAUAGUGGUAGUGUAAUUUUAAGUUCGGUAGACACAUUGAUUGGCAAGUGGUUUUAGUUUUACAGUUUCUUAAGCUUUUCAAUGUGAAUGCUUUAUAUGUACAUUCCUGAACUUUGUAAAUCAUAUUUAAAUUAUAUUACAAUGUACAAAAAAGGUUUAAAACCAGCCAUUUUGACUGGUAAAGUGACUAUAAGAAAGCUGAAUAAAUAUAUUGUUACUUAUACUCCUUUUGUUUCCUUUCAGAAAGUAACUUUAGGUUCAAGUUGAGAUAGUUGUCUGCUUAGGUGGCUGUAUAUUUGCCAGAAAAUAAAGUCUGUGAUAACCGUG